CGUUAGGACUUGAAAAGCGCUCAUAAUAUUUCAUCAAAUCCUCCUUCCUUUCUCACUAAAUAAACUAUCCGUUACCUUCCUUCCUUCUUUCCAUCAACAACAUAGAGGUUUUUUCUAUACAGAAUUUGAGCUUCCGCCAUUGAAUUGAGCUCAAGAAAAAACAUGGAAUCGAUAACACAAAGAAGAAAGAGUGGAAUUAACCUUCCAUCUACAAUGUCCGAAACCUCUCUUCGGCUUGAUGCUUUUUCUUCUCCUCCCAGAUCAAAGCGAACAACCAAUUUGGCGUCAUCGCCAAUGUCCAACAGGUCACCUCGGACAAUAUCGAACCUGUCAUCAUCUCCGUCGUCUAAAUCUGCAAGUUGCAGUGAUAGAUUCAUUCCUUGUAGAUCUUCGUCAAGGCUACACACUUUUGGUCUGGUGGAGAAGGCGUCUCCGGUGAAAGAAGGAGGAGGAAACAAUGAUGCAUAUUCCAGGUUGUUGAAAUCUGAGCUUUUUGGGGCUGAUUUUGGUUGUUUCUCUUCUCCUGCAGGUUCUAAAGGAUGUGCUAAUUCACCCAUGAGUAGUCCCAGUAAGAAUAUGCUCAGGUUUAAAACUGAAAAUUCAGGCCCUAAUUCUCCGUAUUCCCCUUCGGUUUUGGGGCAUACAGAUACUUCACUCUCCAACGAGGUUUCUACCCCUCCUAAACCCCCUAGGAAAGUGCCCAAAACACCCCACAAGGUUCUGGAUGCACCAUCACUUCAAGAUGACUUCUAUUUGAACCUAGUUGAUUGGUCUUCACAGAAUGUUCUUGCGGUUGGGCUCGGAACUUGUGUUUAUUUAUGGACAGCUUCAAAUAGUAGAGUGACAAAGUUGUGCGACUUAGGACCGACUGAUAGUGUCUGCUCUGUCCAAUGGACUAGGGAGGGGUCUUACAUAUCAAUUGGUACAAGUCUUGGGCAAGUUCAGGUUUGGGAUGGAACUCAAUGCAAAAAGGUUAGAACAUUUGGUGGACAUCAAACAAGAACGGGAGUCCUUGCGUGGAGUUCGCGCAUCCUAUCUUCUGGUAGCAGAGACAGAAACAUCCUUCAGCAUGACGUUCGUGUUCCAAGUGACUUUGUUAGCAAAUUUAUCGGUCACAAGUCCGAGGUAUGUGGGUUGAAAUGGUCUCAUGAUGAUCGAGAACUUGCGUCAGGGGGAAAUGACAAUCAGCUCUUAGUGUGGAAUCAGCGAUCUCAGCAACCAGUUUUGAAGCUAACGGAGCAUACUGCCGCUGUUAAGGCCAUUACCUGGUCUCCUCACCAAUGUGGCCUUCUGGCAUCAGGAGGAGGAACAGCUGAUCGAUGUAUUCGCUUUUGGAACACAACGAAUGGCAAUCAGUUGAACCAUAUUGAUACAGGAAGCCAGGUAUGCAAUCUAGCUUGGAGUAGAAAUGUAAAUGAGAUAGUUAGCACACAUGGGUAUUCCCAAAACCAAAUCAUGGUGUGGAAGUAUCCAUCAAUGUCAAAGGUUGCCACUCUAACUGGUCAUAGUUUGCGUGUCCUAUAUCUUGCCAUGUCACCUGAUGGCCAGACAAUAGUGACUGGAGCAGGAGAUGAGACACUCCGCUUUUGGAAUGUAUUUCCGUCAGUAAAAACUCCUGCAGCAGUGAAGGACACAGGAGUAUGGUCUUUAGGCAGGACGCACAUACGUUGAUGUAAUUAUUGUUGCUGUAAAUGGAAAUGGAAAUCAAGGAAGACACAAAUCAUACAAAUAUAUUCAUACUAUUCUUUUUGCAUAUUUGUACAUGCCUGUGAAAACAAUCUCCAGAAAAUUGAUUGUGCUGUUUUAAACACAUUUUUUAUUCACAAACAUAUUUAUGCCUGCCUGUAAACAAUCUCCCAAAAUUGUGAUGCUUUUGUUUUACCUUUUGGCCUGUUGCCUCUAUCUAAUUUGGUGCCACAAUCACUCCAGCUGGCUAUUAUUUACAUUGUCAAUCUCCAUAACUUUUGCAAUAUUGCUAUUAUACAUUGAUCCUUUUGGCCUGUUGCCUCUAUCUAAUUUGGUGCCACAAUCACUCCAGCUGGCUAUUAUUUACAUUGUCAAUCUCCAUAACUUUUGCAAUAUUGCUAUUAUACAUUGAUCCUUUUGGCCUGUUGCCUCUAUCUAAUUUGGUGCCACAAUCACUCCAGCUGGCUAUUAUUUACAUUGUCAAUCUCCAUAACUUUUGCAAUAUUGCUAUUAUACAUUGAUCCUUUUGGCCUGUUGCCUCUAUCUAAUUUGGUGCCACAAUCACUCCAGCUGGCUAUUAUUUACAUUGUCAAUCUCCAUAACUUUUGCAAUAUUGCUAUUAUACAUUGAUCCUUUUGGCCUGUUGCCUCUAUCUAAUUUGGUGCCACAAUCACUCCAGCUGGCUAUUAUUUACAUUGUCAAUCUCCAUAACUUUUGCAAUAUUGCUAUUAUACAUUGAUCCUUUUGGCCUGUUGCCUCUAUCUAA